GCUGCUGCUCCCCGGCUGCACCGCCCAGCGGUCGGGUCUGCAGCGGACUCGGCCAGGGCAUGGCCUGUGACGUCAGGGACCGGGCGGGACCUGUCCCGGAAGAGGGCGCUGAGGACCAAGCCGCUGGGAGAUGGAGGCACCCGCGGUGCUGCUGGUGAUGGGCGUGAGCGGCUCCGGCAAAUCUACCGUGGGCGCGCUGCUGGCCUCCAAGCUGGGAUGGAAAUUCUAUGACGCCGACGAUUACCACUCUGAAGAGAAUCGGAAGAAGAUGGGGGAAGGGAUACCACUGAGCGACCAGGACAGGGUUCCAUGGCUCUGCAGCUUGCAUGACAUUUUACUAAGAGAUGUGACCUCGGGACAGCGUGUCGUUCUAGCCUGUUCAGCCCUGAAGAAAAUGUACAGAGACAUCUUGAUAGGAGGAGGAAGCGAUGUGCCCGUGAAAGGCGAUGAUGAGUCGGCAAAGCAAAGGCUGGCUGGCAAACAGCUCUUGGUGGUCUACCUCUGUGGGUCGGCUGAGAUCAUUUCCAGACGCUUAUUCCAACGAAAAGGACAUUUUAUGCCUCCGGAGUUACUGCAGUCCCAGCUCAGUGUUCUGGAGCCCCCGGCACCUCCUGAAAACUUCAUCCAAGUCAGCGUGCACCAGAGUCCCUCAGAGAUCGCUGAUGCCGUAACUGAAACCCUGCUGAUGAAGUAAUCAUUCACAUUUGCGGUUUACAUCGCGCUCUGGUCCUAAGCUCCUCAUCAGUGGCCCAGUCUAAAUCCCUAAUUGGGAACAAACCACAGUUCCUGGAGAUCACGGUUUGACUGUAUUGGUAGGAGUUUGUGGUGCGAUCGGCAUCUUCCAGGUGUGCCAGGAAAAGGGGGAAAGAUGUUAAAAAUUAAGCUGAAAGUUAAGUUUAAAUUCGUGUGUAAUGCAACCAGAUUGUGGGGAUAUUUGUUUAUGCUAAAUAAAGCUUGCCUGAAGAUCA